AUGGAUAUGAUGGAGAUCACCGCAUUAUAUUCUCCUUGUCCUGAGGACGUUUAUACUACAGCGGGUUGUUUCGGCCUGAAGACGAAGCGCAGCCCCAAAUUGGGUGACCUUACUGGUCGCUUUAUAGCGACGCAGAAGCCAUUUUACAAUUGCAAAGACCUUCGUGCUCAUGGUGUGGACGCCAUUGCUCUUCCUGAUAUCUGCUCCUUAUCUUCUGAAGGGUGUCACUUCAAACCCCUUGAUUCACUCGGCUCUAUCACUGCAGCCUACCCUUCAAUUGAUACCCACUACAAAGUCAGGAGACCCGGUCCCUAUGCUGCGUUAGACGAGAAGCCCAUCAUCAGUUGUCUGGAACCUAUCCAAUAUGGGGAACGGACUGGGCUUGCCCCUUUGAAAGUCAACCAGGAUAAUGGGUAUUGGAAUGAAAUCCAUCCUAUAGGCUCCAAUAUGAGUUCUCUUUACGAGUGGGCUGGACCAACACCUGAAGAUGGGAAUCUUAGUCCGCCUCAUUUGAAGAUAUACAUGGCGACCGAAUGCAAUGGGGAAAGUAGCAUACUCACUCACUGCGAGAUGGGUGUUAUUAUGAGCGCAUUCUAUAGCCGAGUCUACGAGCCAGGUUAUGAAGGCCACUCAAUUUUCCCAAUUCUGAUAAUCUCAGAGUAUUUUUGGCGCCGUGUCCGCAUCAUCGAAGCAGUAUUUGAUCAACCUCGUGAGAAGUUCACGGUGAAAUUCACCCCGAUUUGUUAUUUUGGAGGAAGGGAUGAUAAUCUUUGGAAUUUGUUCUUGCGUUAUGAAGGGAGCAAGCCACAAUAUUGA